AUGGCCAAGCCGGCGGACCACGUCAAGCGGCCCAUGAACGCCUUCAUGGUCUGGUCGCGGGCGCAGCGGCGUAAGAUGGCCCAGGAGAACCCCAAGAUGCACAAUUCGGAGAUCUCCAAGCGGCUGGGCGCCGAGUGGAAGCUGCUGAGCGAGGCCGAGAAGCGGCCCUUCAUCGACGAGGCCAAGCGCCUGCGGGCCAUGCACAUGAAGGAGCACCCGGACUACAAGUACCGGCCGCGGCGGAAGCCCAAGACGCUCCUCAAGAAGGACAAGUUCGCCUUCCCGGUGGUCUCCUACGGCCUGCCCGACGCCGCCGACCCCCACGCCCACCCCCUCGGACCGCAUCACCCGGCGCUCAAGGCCGGCGUCCUCCACGGCCACGAAGCCUUCCUGGCCAACCCGGAGAAAGCCGCCGCCGCCGCGGCCGCCGCCGCCCGCGUCUUCUUCCCUCCCUCCGCCGCCGCCGCCGCCGCUGCAGCCGCCGCCGCGGGCAGCCCUUACUCCCUGCUCGACCUGGGCUCGAAAAUGGCAGCGGAGAUCUCGUCCUCGGCGGGCUCGGGAGCCGGCGGAGGCGGAGGCUCGGGGGCCGGAUUGCCCUACGCCGCCUCCUCGCUGGCUUACCCGACGGCUGGCGGCGCUUUCCACGCCGCCGCGGCUGCAGCCGCCGCCGCCGCGGCCAGCGGGGGCCACAGUCACUCGCACCCGUCGCCCGGGAACCCCGGCUACAUGAUCCCCUGCAACUGCAGCGCCUGGCCCAGCCCGGGACUCCAGCCGCCCCUGGCCUACAUCCUGCUGCCCGGCAUGGGUAAACCUCAGCUGGACCCUUACCCGGCGGCGGCGGCCUACGCCGCGGCCCUAUGA